ACCAUUUUUGUAACAAGUUUCAAAAAUGUCGGGGGGAAGCGGCUGUGCUGGUGAUUGGUGUCUCAUUGAGAGUGAUCCAGGAGUUUUCACAGAGCUCAUUAAAGGUUUUGGCGUCAAAGGAGUCCAAGUGGAGGAGCUAUGGAGUCUAGACCACGAAAGCUUCGACAAACUCAAGCCCGUUCACGGACUGAUUUUCCUUUUCAAGUGGUAUCGCAGUGAGGAACCAACAGGACCUGUUGUGCAGGACAACCGGCUAGACAAAAUUUUCUUUGCAAAACAGGUUAUCAACAAUGCAUGCGCUACUCAAGCCAUCCUAAGUGUCCUGCUCAACGUCAAGCAUCCUGACAUCACACUGGGAGAUACAUUGUCAUCUUUCCGCGACUUCUGUCAGAGCUUCGACGCAACGAUGAAAGGCCUCACGCUGAGCAACUCUGAUGUCAUACGGGGUGUACAUAAUAGUUUCUCCAGGCAGCAGAUGUUUGAGUUCGAAAUGAAGCAGAGCUCAAAAGAUGAUGAGGUCUACCAUUUCAUCGGAUAUGUACCCAUCGACGGGCGUCUCUACGAGCUUGAUGGCUUGAAGGAUGGCCCUAUUGACCUUGGACCAAUCCCUAAUGGCACAGACUGGAUUGACACAGUGCGACCGGUUAUUGAAACAAGAAUAAAACAAUACAAUGAAGGUGAAAUUCACUUCAACCUGAUGGCUAUGAUCACAGAUCGGAAACUUGUGUACCAGAAACAGCUGGACCAGCUGAACAACCAGUUGGCUGCAGGUGCGAUGGAAACGGAUGAAAUUCAGUCGGAAAUUGGCAAGCUUCACAUGCUCAUUGCAGCGGAAGAUAACAAGAAGGCACGCUAUAAGGCGGAAAAUAUCAGAAGGAAGCACAAUUAUUUGCCUCUCAUCAUGGAAAUAUUGAAAAUCCUCUCAGAAGAGAAGAGACUGGUGCCACUUGUCGAAAAGGCAAAACAAAAGGCGUUGGAGAAGCGAAAACACGUGGAGAAGUCAAAGUGAGCAGCUUGAAGGACGACUUCUUUCCCUUUUGCUGUACAGAGACAUUGGAAUUCAAGAAAUGCAAUUGCAAAUGCAAUAAAAAUUGCAGGUUAUCCCCCUCA